GUUAUAUAGCUCCUAUGAAUUGCUUAUCUGCAGAACCAUGGCUCAAACUUUAUAACUGGGUCUUGAUUACAUACUUAGGUACCUUAGGUAGAUAAGGUAGGUAGGUACUCAAGCACCAGCGGCAGUAAUCAGGUAGUCCUUCAGCUGAAGUCGCUGAUUCUCUGCAGCAAGUACUUUAGGCUGCGCAGCCGCAAACAACUCUCACUGCCUCACUCACGUCACCUUUUUACUUCGAUUCCCCUCCCUUUCCUUCACAAUUCUGGCCUUGGCCUCUCUUACUUUAUAAACACGCAACCCAAUAAGUUCCAGAGGUGUCGACAGAAUUCCGAUAUUCUCAUCCUGCCUAACUGAGCUGCUGUCAGCUUGCACCUACCCCACCUUGACGCCAACCUCAUCGAAUAUCUGAUCAUAUAACCUACACCACGGUCAAUCACUUUGCACACCAAAUUCAACCAUCACGAUGGCUUCUCCCACCAAAGACCCUAUUACGUGUCACGUUCUUGAUACGCAGGCUGGUCGCCCUGCUCGUGGCAUCCGUGUCCGUCUCGAAGGCCCCAUCCCGCCAUCGACCAACCCUCACUCUGCUGCCCAACCUCGACCCAACACCUUCGAAUCCAUGACCGACGACGAUGGCCGCGUUACGGCCUGGUUACCAUAUCUUUCUGAGGAUGUUGCUGGAGAGCCUCCUCUUCAGACUCUCGUUGAGGUGCUUGAGGAUCGCAAGGGACAGGGUUCGUCGCGAUGGACGCUUCGCUUUGAUACGGGAGCUUACUUUGGCGAAGAAAAUACCUUCUUCCCUGAAGUGACGGUAACAUUUCGUGUCGAAGAGGGACAGACGUAUCAUGUUCCCCUGCUGUUGAGUCCCUAUAGUUAUACUUCCUACCGUGGAAGCUAAAUGGGUGGUAGCAGUCUCCGUAUUACACGGAGCGAAAUGACCAGAAUCAGGGGCUGAAUCUCAUGAGGAACAAUGGAUGCCAAAGCGAUUUUUAGAAUCCUAUUCAUAAAACAUCACUUGCGUAAUACGACGAGAGCACAGACG